GAGAUCCAAAUGCCAUUUGCGUAUGUUAUGUUUGUUGAUGCAUCUUCUCUCUUCUUUUGUUCUUUCUCAUUCAAUCUUCCAUUUUCCUUCGCUGAAAAAGCAAAUCAGCUGCCCUUGGCAUUUAUAAUCCUCUCGUGACCUUUCUCUGUCCCUUUUCCCUCACGCUUCUCUCGCUUCCUCUAUCUUCUCCUUUCCCUCCUUCUAACGAUUUGGACUUCCAUUGACCUGCCUUCACCCCCAGAUCUCUUUCUUCACCUCUUUGCUUAUCACUAUUUCAGGCACUGUUAUUCUGCACAUUCUUUUCGUUUCCGCUUAAAAGUGGAGUAGACAUGAGCCAAAUUUGUUAUUGAGGCAGACUAUAAAAUUCAGUUCAUCAGCUGAAUUCAGCAAAAUGACCAUUGAUAUGCCAUCGCCUAUGGCCCAAAGUACGAGGACAAACAGACCUUCCUUUAGUUCUAGUAAUGGUUACGAUGAUACCCCUGUUCACAAUCAUGCUGGUGUUAGCAAUGGUGAUGAUUACGACAGUGAUAGUUCCAAUUUUGCACCCCCAACACCUUCAACUCUAACAAUGGCUAUUCCGGCAGAACUUGCUGGCGCCGUGCCCUUGAUGGAUAGAUUCCAGGUUGAAGGGUUUCUAAGAUUAAUGCAAAAACAAAUUAAUUCUGCUGGGAAACGUGGAUUUUUUUCUAAAAGAUCUAUAGGCCCUCAAGCUCGAGAGAAGUUUACAUUUGAAGACAUGUUGUGUUUCCAAAAGGAUCCUAUACCAACAUCAUUGCUUAAGAUAAAUGGUGAUAUGGUAAGCCGGGCAACUAAACUAUUUCAGAUAAUUUUGAAGUAUAUGGGAGUAGAUUCUCCAGAACGAGUAAAUCCAAUAAGUUUAGAUGAAAGGGUUGAGCUUGUAGGUAAACUAUACAAGCACAGUUUAAAGCGUUCAGAACUCCGAGAUGAACUUUUUGUUCAAAUAUCGAAACAAACUAGAAACAACCCUGAGAGGCAAUACUUGAUUAAAGCAUGGGAGCUGAUGUAUUUAUGUGCAUCCUCUAUGCCACCCAGUAAAGACAUUGGAGGAUAUUUGUCUGAAUAUGUUCAUAAUGUUGCCCAUAAUGUGACCACUGAUGCUGAAAUCCAAGCCAUAGCACUAAAUACAUUAAAUGCUUUGAAACGUUCUGUCAAAGCUGGUCCUAGGCAUAUUAUGCCUGGGCGUGAGGAGAUUGAAGCUUUGCUAACCGGAAGAAAGCUCACAACUAUAGUGUUCUUUUUGGAUGAAACUUUUGAAGAAAUCACUUAUGACAUGGCAACAACCAUUGCUGAUGCUGUUGAGGAACUUGCAGGAAUCAUUAAACUAUCGACGUACAAUAGCUUCAGUCUGUUUGAAUGCCGUAAAGUUGUCACUGGCUCCAAAUCACCGGAUUCUGGAAAUGAGGAGUACAUUGGAUUGGAUGAUAAUAAAUAUAUUGGAGACAUCUUAGCAGAAUUUAAGGCAGCAAAAGAUCGAAGCAAAGGAGAGAUCUUGCAAUGUAAACUUAUAUUUAAAAAAAGGCUAUUCCGGGAGUCAGAUGAAGCUGUCACAGAUCCUAUGUUUGUGCAAUUGUGCUAUGUACAAUUGCAGCAUGAUUAUAUCUUGGGUAAUUAUCCUGUUGGAAGAGAUGAUGCUGCCCAAUUGUCUGCAUUGCAAAUCCUGGCUGAAAUUGGAUUUGUUAGAGCACCUGAGUCUUGCACUGAUUGGGAUUCACUUCUGGAGAGGUUCCUACCUAGACAGAUUGCAAUCACACGAGCUAAACGGGAAUGGGAACUAGACAUCCUUUCUCGCUAUCAUUCAUUGGAACAUUUAACAAAAGAUGAGGCAAGGCAACAAUUCCUUCGUAUAUUAAGAGCACUUCCUUAUGGCAAUUCCGUUUUCUUUCAUGUUCGCAAGAUUGAUGAUCCUAUUGGACUUCUUCCCGGAAGAAUAAUAUUGGGCAUUAACAAAAGAGGGGUUCACUUUUUCCGUCCUGUUCCAAAGGAAUAUCUUCACUCGGCUGAGUUAAGAGACAUAAUGCAGUUUGGAAGUAGCAAUACAGCAGUAUUUUUCAAAAUGCGAGUUGCAGGUGUUCUACACAUAUUCCAGUUUGAAACAAAGCAGGGGGAAGAAAUUUGUGUAGCUCUUCAGACACAUAUCAAUGAUGUGAUGUUGCGCCGAUAUUCCAAAGCAAGGUCUGCUGCUGGUGGUUCUGUAAAUGGAGAUGUUGGCAACAAUUUUAAGAGUCCCACUUUGGAAAUAUAUGAAAGACGUGUUCAAGAUCUGUCAAAAGCUGUUGAAGAAUCUCAAAGAAAUGCUGAUAAAUUGCUGGAAGAAUUGCGGGAAAAACAAAAGCAAGAAGGGAAAAUGCAAGAAGAAUUGGAGACCUUGAAGGAAUCCUUAAAUGCUGAUAAACAAAGUCUCAAGGAAGUUACUUGUGAAUGUGAUAGGCUUAGAUCAAUGUGCAAUGAGAAGGAUAAGGCUAUUCAGGUUGCAAUGCUGGAGAAAAGGAAUAUGGAAACAAGAUUGACCAAGUUGAAUAAUCUGGUGCUAGAGAAUGCAAAAAAAGAGCCUGUUGAAGCAAAUAAACAGGGUUUGCGUAGGCUUGAAAAUGAGCUAAAAGUUCAUAAAGAUGAGCUGCUUGCGGCAGAAGAAACUAUUACGAGAUUGACGAAUGAAAAAUUGAUUUUGGCACGGAAACUAUCAGAACUUGAGAAGAGGAAUGGUGAUGAGAUUAGUGUUCUUGAACAAAGAUUUGAGCAAGAACGCAAAGCCUUAAAAUCUCAUGUGGAUGUCCUUGAAAAGAAGCUAGGAGGAUUCAGACAAGAAUUAGCUGCUGCUGAAUCCACUCUUUCAGCCAAGGAUGCCGAGUUGGUUGCAUUGCAGAAUAAUUCAAGGGAACUGGAAGAACUAAGAGAAAUGAAAGAGGACAUUGAUAGGAAGAAUGAACAAACAGCUGCCAUUUUAAGGAUGCAAGGGGCUCAAUUAGCUGAAAUGGAAGCGCUUUAUAAGGAAGAGCAAGUUCUACGAAAGCGCUAUUUCAACACAAUAGAAGAUAUGAAAGGCAAGAUAAGAGUUUACUGCCGUUGCAGGCCUCUUAGCGAAAAAGAGAUUAAUGAAAAAGAAAGAGAUGUUCUGACUAGCAUAGAUGAGUUUACUGUUGAACAUCCAUGGAAGGAUGAUAAACCAAAGCAGUUUGUGUAUGACCGUGUAUUUGAUGACGAUGCUACUCAAGAAGAUGUAUUUGAGGAUACAAGAUAUCUGGUUCAGUCUGCUGUAGAUGGUUAUAAUGUCUGCAUAUUUGCUUAUGGCCAAACUGGUUCUGGAAAAACAUACACAAUUUAUGGAACUGACAACAACCCUGGGCUUACCCCGCGUGCUACUGCUGAGCUUUUCAAAAUUUUAAGGAGAGAGAGUAAUAAAUAUUCUUUUUCUUUAAAGGCAUACAUGGUGGAGCUAUAUCAAGAUACACUUGUAGAUCUUUUGUUGCCUAAGAAUGCAAAGCGUUUAAAAUUAGAUAUCAAGAAGGAUUCAAAGGGCAUGGUAGUUGUUGAAAAUGUAACAGUGGUGCCAAUUUCCACUAUGGAGGAAUUGAAUAGCAUAAUACAAAGAGGAUCUGAGCAACGGCAUACAUCUGGAACUCAGAUGAACGAAGAAAGCUCAAGAUCCCAUCUGAUAUUGUCAGUUGUAAUUGAAAGCACCAACCUUCAAACUCAAUCAGUUGCAAGAGGAAAGCUAAGUUUUGUAGAUCUUGCUGGUUCAGAAAGGAUCAAAAAGUCUGGUUCCUCAGGGAAUCAACUUAAAGAAGCUCAAAGCAUCAACAAAUCAUUAUCAGCUCUUGGGGAUGUGAUCAGUGCUUUAUCUUCUGGUGGUCAACAUACACCUUACAGGAAUCACAAAUUAACUAUGCUAAUGAGUGACUCACUUGGUGGUAAUGCUAAGACUCUCAUGUUCGUGAAUGUAUCCCCAGCUGAAUCAAACUUGGACGAGACACACAACUCUCUUAUGUACGCGUCACGAGUGAGAUCAAUUGUGAAUGAUCCGAGCAAAAAUGUUUCGUCAAAAGAGGUGGCUCGAUUAAAGAAGUUGGUUGCCUACUGGAAGGAGCAGGCAGGGAGAAGGGGUGAUGAAGAAGAGUUGGAAGAAAUUCAGGAGGAAAGGCCAACGAAAGAGAGGUCAGAUGGCCGGCAUUCCAUGUAGGGACUCAGAUUCUGUGAGAGGCUUCACGUAAACAAACAGGAACCAAUCCUACAAGAUUCAGGAGUUCAAAUCUUUUGGUGAUCGAAUUCAACGGUGACAUUGAAUUUUUUUUUUUCCCCUUCUGCGCUGUAUUGUUAAUUGCAAUGGUGUAUUGCUUUGCAAAAUACGCAGUUAGGAUAGGCUAUAUAUGAUGGUUGUAUAUAUUGUUAAUCCUUAUCUCAUUGCACAUAUGAAUGUAUACGCUAUUCUACUUUAAAUGUGAUCAUUUUCUUUUGCCCAA